CCUGCCAAUUCUGGUCUCCGGCGCACACCGUAGCCGGCCAAAACGACGAAGCCAACAUGUCGGUGCUCUUUUCGUGCCACGAACUAAUCAAGACCAUCCGCCCGCGCAUCUUCACCCUCGAGCAGACGUUCGGCAUCAUGCACAACCGGUUCGAGGUCUACCUUAACGCUUUAAUCUACAGUUUCACGCAGUACGGCUACUCGAUCCGGUGGAAGGCCGUGUUCCUCUGGAACUGGGGUCUCCCCGCCAAGCGCCAGCGUCUCAUCAUGAUCGGUUCGUGUCCGGGCGAACCAUUACCCCCCUUCCCGCCCAGUACGCACGUCGAAGACCCGCAACCGGGCGAUGGCACUAAGCCGUUCGUCACGGUGGCUCAGGCUCUAUCCAAGAUCUCCGUUCCCCUUCGCGCAGUUCGAGCCAAUAGGGAUCCUUUGCACGAUCUGGAUAGCGUGAAGUGGCUGAACGUUCCGCAACCGCCUUGGUCUCCUCACGUGCCCCUCUCCCGAACCAUCACCUGCUCCGGAGGCGUGGGGAAUUACCACUUCCUGGGCUACCGCGACUUCACGCGGCGCGAGUACGCCACGCUGCAGGGCUUCCCCGUCAAGUACCCCUUUAAGCAGAACGGGGCCAAGAAGCAAAUCGGCAAUGCGUUCCCGCCCUGCGUUGUUAAGGUGCUGAUGAUGCAUAUUCGGCAGUGGCUCGAGCAUGUGGACCAGGUGCAGCCCAAUGGUGAAAUUGAUGAGAUGAGGUGGGAAUCGGCGGAGGAUGUUAUUGUUAUUCCGGAUGAUUAUGGAGAGGGAGAUGAGGAGGUGCAAUAUCUGGGAUUGAACCCGCUAACCAGUCCUUCGAGUCAGUCUUCUGGCACUUCGAGAGGCUCGGAUGAUUGCUGGGAUUCUAUGGAUGUUGACGAUGAUGGAUGGUGGGGUCACCAGGGUGAAAGUCCGGAGGGAUUUGGUUUUGAAUUUGCGUUUGGAUGUAUCGAUGCUGAUCAAUCUGAUUGUAUCAUUAACCCAACCGGAAUUGAACGUGUCAUCGACUUGACCGGAGUCGAUUGA